GUUAGUCAGUAAAAUAUAGUAAGAUUUAACAUUUUUAACGAUUUAAUUUUUUUUUAAUUCAGUAAAAGGAAAAAAAUUCAUAGCAGACAUUGUUUUUAUCAAAUUUUAAUUAGUUAGACCUACAGUAACUUCAGUAAGGUACAUUAUAGUUGUAUUGUUUGUGAUAGUGUUAUUGGUCACACAGGAAAAUGGUAAAGGAAAUUCGUACAGGUUUUUAAGGCCCAGUGUCAGCUGAUGAUUACUGUAAAUCUCCUGGACACACCAGGGAACACGAUUAAAGUACACGGUAGGCGGAUAUCUUAUCUGACAGCCAAAUUGACAACUAAUCAUUUUGUAAACUUCAUUGCGCGAGAGCUCCUACUCAUCGACAAGCCGGAUGUGGGUUGAGUCCUUAGUCCCAUGAAAACAAAAAGUAUACAGUUUCGAUUUUCAAAUGAUAAAGAUGUGUCUCUAAUUUUGGAUUAAUAAUUCAUCGAAUCAAACAAGAAUUAACAAUGGACUUUUUCUAUGCAAAUAUGUUGCAGUGAAUGUGUUUGUCACACUUAUUGCUAGACAUCAUUAGUUUUUAAGAUUGAAGUCACUCAACUCAGGUCAACUGUCAACUGCAACUCACUGACUCACUGCCUUUCUGAACAGUGAAAAAAAAAGUGAAACAAAUUGUGUGAUCUUUUUUUUAAAGUUUUAACUUACAAAAAAAAAAAAAAAUUAUUUUGAUAAUGAUCAGGAGCUAGGAUCUAACACUUUUAUUAGCCAUACGCCUACGUCAGUGGGCUUAACAGUUUUAGGCCUUUUAUUAUUAAUUAUUAUUUAAAAAAUAAUUUAUAUGAAAUUAAGUUAAUUAAAAUAUUUAGACAUUAGCACAGUGACAGAAGUAGGGCUCUAUCCUUGGAAAAUGAGUUUAAAUACUGCAAAUGAUGAUGUUGAAAAUUAUGGAGCGGACACAGCAUCAGAUUCAGACUCUGAACAUACACCCUUAUUGGUUGGAUCCUCAUCUAAAGAUUCAUUUUUUAACCGCCGCUUACGAAGACUUACACGAAGUUUGAGUGUUGCAUCAAUACGACGGGAAGAUGGAGAACCAAUUUUGUCAGCUGCCGCUUCACAAAGAGUACUUGGAACUUUUGCAGGAGUAUUUUGCCCUGUUGCACUGUCUAUGUUCUCAACUCUCUUGUACUUGAGAGGUGGUAAGUAGGUCUACUGAUCGAUUUACUGUGCUCCUUUCUAAGCUUUAUGGAUAUAGACUUACUUGUUUUAUUAAAUUAUGAAAGAAAAGUUUUUUGGUGAGCUAAUCAUAAAGCCUAGUUACCAUUAUAAUUUGAAAUAUUUAGACGUUGGAUUGGUAUUAUUUUUAAACGACAAAAUCACUGUGAACUGUAACUUGAUUGAGUGCAUAUAAUUUACUGAUCACUAAUCUAGUGCCCUUCUUUCAUGUAAAUUAACCAUGUCAGUGAUCAAGUUGAUUGAUGGAUUUAAGUAUGUUAGGCCCAACCAGUCGUGCGCGGUUUACAAGUAUUUUAGACCCAACCAGCUGUGAGGGAUGUACAAGUAUUCAAGACCCAAUCAGGCAUGAAUGGUGUAUUUUCCCUGGGCCAGCUCCAAAGCCUCAACCUGGUCAUUUAAAAAAAAAAAAAAAAAAUAUUCCUUUGUUAUUUAUUUAUUUUUAUUGUGAAUUUUAAAAAGCGCGGUUUACAAGUAUUUUAGACCCAACCAGCUGUGAGGGAUGUACAAGUAUUCAAGACCCAAUCAGGCAUGAAUGGUGUAUUUUCCCUGGGCCAGCUCCAAAGCCUCAACCUGGUCAUUUUAAAAAAAAAAAAAAAAAUAUUCCUUUGUUAUUUAUUUAUUUUUAGUGUGAAUUUUAAAAUAUUUUAGCUACUGUUACUCUUGGGGGGUGAAUGGCCUCAAUGUUAAACUUUUUUGUGUGUGUUUGCUGUAUUAAAAUAGGCAACCAUAUCAUCAUCUUGCCCAAACAUUGUAAGGGGAAAUGAGAUCAAGUCUUGCUACAUGUUAGUUAGAUUAAUUAGACACAAACAAUUUGUGUAUAAAUAAAACAAUAUUCAUUGAGCUUUAUUAAUGGUUAAAAAAAAUAUAAAUUCACACGUUUCAGCUAAUGCCUUCAUCAGUACAUAAAAAAACAUUCAUAUAUGCAUAAUUAAAUUUACAUAAUUAUAUCUAUAGUACUGAUACCUAAAAGAAAAGAAUGGGCACGAGUCCUUAAUGAAAACAAAGCUCAGGAUUGUGGAAAUAAAGUGGGUCGAAGCAUUAUUUAAAAGCCAAAAAGGAAAAAAACCAUUGCAGCUAAGUUAAAUUGUUAACUUGGUUUAUACCGUAACGUACCUUAUAUUUUUAUUAAUUUAUUUUCCAUAUAAAUUCUAUCAGUUGUAUUACUCGCAUACAAUAUAUCAGUAAUUGCAGUGUCUAAUAUUCCAUUAUGGUUAGUACUAUUGAAAUGUUAAGAAACUGGACAAAACCAUAACUAUUUUUGCUCUCUAUUGCAUACAUUCUUUCAAAUGUUAUGGUCUCAUCUCUGUUAUCUGUGGUUUUCUAUUAUCCGCUAAAUUUCACUUCAAAACAAACACAAGUCUCUAAAAUAAUCAGUAAAUGCUUCUAACACUGUUCUUUAUUUAUUUAUUUAUUUAUUUAGGCAUUUUAAUAUAGCGCUUACCAUAAAGCUCUAAGCGCUUUACAAUUAUGAAAAACAUGUAAACUAAGUAAAAUAAAAAUGAGACAAUAGGGUAGUAACUGCUAUACUAUAGAACCAGUCCUGGUGGUAUCACAAUUUUUAAAUACAUUCCUAUUCCACUCAAUUGCAACCACUCAAAUUCUUGGUUCACUCACAAAUCUCCUUUUUUUCACUAUAAAAUAAUUCUAGAGCUAUUUAAGUUCUCUCUCUAAAAAACAUGCUCACUUAGUUGCAUCACAACUCUAAACAACUUUAAACUACUAGUACUAAAACCUGGAUCUAAAAUUCUGGUAACAAAGAGAGGCUAUAAAAACACUAGAUUAUUUAUUAGUUUAUUUUUUGGGGGUUACAAAGUUACACACAUUGUAAUUCCAAAUAAAUGAAUAUUUGUUCACAUGCCUACAUGACCCUUAAUUCAGCCUAAACCUCUGGGCAGGACAGAAGGAAUUAAAUUGUUUUUUGUUUUUUUUAGAUACUGAUCUCUUCGGGAGUGCUAGCAUUUCCAUCAUAACUGACUUUUAAAGACAUGAAUAUUAACAUUGAUUAUAAAAUAUUUAAACAAAAGGAAAUGCAACAAAAUGGACUUCAGUCAUUGAUUGUAAAUUGUGGGUAUUUUUUGUGUGUUGACCAUAUUGAUUUUCAAUGCCAGACGGAUAUUGUUUUUAAUAACAACAUUUGACAUUUAUGUUUGAGGAUUUUUUACCUUGGAUCAGACUGUAGGAUAAUAAGACAUGUAUAUUUAUAUAUUUUGUUUCAAUUACUUUCAGGAUUUGUUGUGGGUCAAGCUGGACUGCUGGAGACCUUCUCUCAGCUGAUUCUGGCCUACUUCAUCCUCUCUAUGACUGUGCUUUCCAUUUGUGCCAUCUCAACCAAUGGAGCUCUUGAAGGGGGUGGAGCUUAUUGUAUCCUUGAGUUUUUUCCCCCUACAAGCCAGUUUCUUUGAGUUUAUCCAAACAAUUAUUAUUAUGGAUCAAACUCAGCCAUUAGCUUAAGUCCCUAGAAAAAUGAAGGAAAAAAGUAGAAAUAAUAUAAAGUUAAAUAGAAAGAGAUUGGCCAAACUUGAUAUAAAGUUUUGUCGAGACAUGCAAGCAACACUUAAAAUAAAGUUAUUUAGAGAGAGAGCUCAAUGGCGAGAACUCAAUAUUAAUUCAAUAAAAAAUAGUUGAGCUGAACUUAAACUGAAGUUAAUGAGAGAAGGAUAGGACCAUAGAAAAGGCAAUAAUAGAAACAAAUACUAAGUAUUUAGAUGGGUUUCGACGUGUAUUAUUUUGUACUACAACUCCACUCAUAGAAAAUUGCAGAUAGAAGUUGCUGCAGUGAUAAACAGACUUGUAAAAAUGUAAUGGCUAAUUAAUCAAAUUUUAAAACUAGAUCUAAUUAAAAAACAAACAAUGGUCACUCUAAAGUUAAUUUUAGUUGAGCUACCUCAAUCUCCAUGAUUCUAUACAUAUAUUACAUAGUAAAAGUCUUCUUUAAAAGAGUGUUAUGAUUUGAUGUUUUUCUGUAGCAUUAUGUCUGCAUUAUAUUUAAGAACUAAUUUGGAAUGGCCAAAUGUGAUGUAGUCACAAGGACAGGAUGUAUUACAUCAUCAGCUGUUAGCUGUAAUUCAAUAUGUAGGGAAGUAACAAGGAAGUAAAUUACAGAAAGUACAUGUUGGGAAGUUUCAAAGUCUUCUCUAAUGACAUAGUUUUUGUGUGUACUGGGGUUAAGUGGCAAAGUCAGGGACACAUUAGUGUGUACUGGGGUUUAGUGGCAAUGUCAGUGACAUAUUUGUGUGUACUGGGGUUUAGUGGCAAUGUCAGUGACAUAUUUGUGUGUACAGGGGUUUAGUGGCAAUGGCAGUGACAUAUUUGUGUGUACGGGGGUUAGUGGCAAUGUCAUUGACAUAUUUGUGUGUAUCUGGGUUGAGUGGCAAUGUCAGUGACAUAUUUGUGUGUAUCUGGGUUGAGUGGCAAUGUCAGUGACAUAUUUUUGUUUACUGGGGUUUAGACAGCAUAAAAGAAAUGGUGGCAAUGUCAAUGGCAUUUUUGUGUCCAUUGGGGUGGGGGCAGUAUAACAGACAAAUUGGUGUUGUCGAUGAUAUUUGUGUGUGUGGUGGGGUGGGGCGGUACAACAGCAAUAGUGUCCAUGACAUUGGUGCAUGUAUAAAUUGGGUUAUUGGAAAUAUAACAUAACUAUUGUCCCAACUCCCACUACUCUUAACAACUUAAUUUUCCUAUUGAGAUGAGACGACUAAAAGUUGCUUCCCUUUUCUGGCUGUUGCAGGCACAUUCAGUCCACCUGACCUUUUUCUUCACAGCUUGGCUAUACUUUCAGAACAGAAAAUUAUAAGGAAUUUGUUUUUUAGUUUUUGCACUUGGUUACAUUAAAAUAUUGAAAAAAAGAUAUAAUCAGUCUAAAAAUAUGACCCCAACAAUGUUCAGCUGGACGAGAAUAAAGACAAAACAAUUUUAAUAUUAAAAAAAUUAACUUUUUGUACCUCAGUACAAUUGAAAAGGUUUGUAGAAAAAGGUUCAUGAAAUAAAAACAACUCUAAACUAUUUAAGAGAAAAUAAAUUUAAUGAGAAAUUAUUAUUUGUGCUGCAUGUUCAAUUUAUGAUUAUGACUUGAAACAAUCUUUAAAAUUUCGUCUGAGUGGCACUGGCACUGCAUCAUGACAUAUAUAUAAAUAAAUGAUAAAAGCAGACCAUUGGUGCCAUGAUGUAUGAAUUGGCCAAAUAAAUUGUUUUUCAUGUAUGACCUUAACUCAGUGUAAGACAUGAUCAGUCGUGCCCUAGGACCUGAGUUUGGAGGUAGCAUCGGCUUCCUUUUCUAUGUGGCCCAAGUCUUGUCGUGUGCUCUCUACGUCGUGGGUUUUGUGGAAGGAAUCCUGGAGAACUUUGGACAAGGAGGUGAAUAAGUCCUCAAAUUUAAGUUCAUGGGUCCCCAAUUGUUUUUGGUUUGCUGAACUUUUGACCAGGAGGUCGUUGAUAGCUGAAAUAUAAUUUCACAGCCCUGUGUGGAUUAGCUUUUUGGGAAUGCAUCUUUGAAGUGUUUGGACAAGGAGGAUGGCAAUAGAACCAAGCGCCUUCAUCAGAAGUUAUCUUGGCACUUUCUAGGGGGACCUUGGCACUUAUUUUUGGAGACUACAUGAAGAUAUAAAAUAUAAUAAAAAUAAAUGUCCAUUCACUCACUCUAUGAAUGUGAUCUUCUGUGGGCCAAGUUCUGUCAUGUGGACUGCAACUUUGGAAGGGUUCUUUUUGCAUAAAGCAAUUGACAAGCAUUAGCUGGGACCCUCUGGUCAUAUAAAAGCAGAUCAUCAAAGCUGUCAUUGGAAAAUCAACAAUCAACAAGUUCUUCCUAAACUAAUAACUUAUAGAUGCUUGUAUUUGAUAUUUAUUUCGUACCUAGUAAUAUACAUAAUACACUUUCACCCCCCACGAUUUUUAAUUAGCCUUUAUUGGAGUUACUGUAGAUGGCAUUUGUAACUUUUAAUGUUCUACGUGGUGCCCUAUUUGACCGGUAGCACACUGCGGUUGACUCUGACAGUCCUCAUCCUAUUUGUAUCUCCACAGGCAGCUUUGUGAGUCCUGGGAAUGGGCUGCCUGAUGACACGGACUGGUGGAAAUAUCUUUAUUCCACCAUCUCACUCUUUAUCUGUCUGAUCAUCUGCCUUAUUGGAGGGGCCAUGUUUGCAAGGACAUCAGCAAUGAUUUUACUGGUAAUUAUUAAUGUGUCUCUCUCGUUUAAACCAGGUUUUUCCAAAAGUCAUUUUACUGGGCGCCAUCUACCCCCCACCCUUUCCUUUUUUUCUAAGUUAAAAAAAAACAAUCUUGGCAUUCCUUUAUUUCAUCAAUUAAUUUAUAAUUUUUGUCAGGCAAAUAGCCAUGUAUUUGAAACUUUUCACACUUUCAUUGGAACUGCUAGUUGCCACAAUCAAGGGACAAAAUUGAGAGUGCUCAAAAAAUGUUAAAUACUAAAUUUUGAAAUGAGCUGUUAUUUAUGACUUGAAAAAAUGGGGUCAAGAUGCCCAUUGCUGAGCAUAAUUCAUUUGAAGGGCACCACAGUAAAUAAGUGUUUAUUUCAUGUUUGCUUCUUUAGAAACUUGGACUCUUAGGUUUAGUAAAAUAUUGCUCACUAAGCUUGUACAGCAUUUCAUUGUUUGAUGGGUAGAGCAUAGUAAGACACUGUUUGUUAGGGUUAGGUAAUGUAAAAUAUCCUGUCCUAGGCUUGCUUUAAGGAACAUGUUUUGUACAAGGGUACGAGAAGUAAAAAAUCGUGGUUUGAUUAGGUUUGGCUAAGUAACAUGUCAUUGAUUCUAUUCUUGAGGUAUGGCAUUAAUAUCAACAUCAUGGUGUGUUUAGGUUUGGCUAAGUAACAUGUCAUUGAUUCUUGAGGUAUGGCAUUAAUAUCAACAUCAUGGUGUGUUUAGGUUUGGCUAAGUAACAUGUCAUUGAUUCUUGAGGUAUGCCAUUAAUAUCAACAUCAUGGUGUGUUUAGGUUUGGCUAAGUAACAUGUCAUUGAUUCUUGAGGUGUGGCAUUAAUAUCAACAUCAUCAGAAAUAAUUACUUGAAAACAGUAAUGCUAUAUCUUUUUGCCACUGUAAUAUUAAAGCUACUAAAUGAAUGCCCUAGGUUCUAUUUCCUGCCAUUGACCUGUCUGUUUAUAUUGAUUAUUGUGCACAUACAAGAUGUUUCUCUGUUGUUUGUUUAUGUUGAAUAUUGUGCAUGUACAAGAUGUUUCUCUGUUGUCUGUUUAUAUUGAAUAUUGUGCACGUACAAGAUGUUUCUCUGUUGUCUGUUUAUAUUGAAUAUUGUGCACGUACAAGAUGUUUCUCUGUUGUCUGUUUAUAUUGAAUAUUGUGCACGUACAAGAUGUUUCUCUGUCGACUUUUUAUAUUGAAUAUUGUGCAUGUACAAGAUGUUUCUCUGUUGUCUGUUUAUAUUGAAUAUUGUGCAUGUACAAGAUGUUUCUCUUUCGACUGUUUAUAUUGAAUAUUGUGCACGUACAAGAUGUUUCUCUGUCGACUGUUUAUAUUGAAUAUUGUGCACGUACAAGAUGUUUCUCUGUUGUCUGUUUAUAUUGAAUAUUGUGCAUGUCAAAGAUGUUUCUCUGUUGACUGUUUAUAUUGAAUAUUGUGCAUGUCAAAGAUGUUUCUCUGUCGACUGUUACUAUUGAAUAUUGUGCACGUACAAGAUGUUUCUCUGUUUUUUGUUGAAACAUAUUUGUUGUUUUUCUUUCCAGAUUGUUGUCGUGUGCACACUGUCGGUGAUGAUAAGUGUCUUUGCCAAGAACUACAACAUCCUGGUGGAUAUUCCUGACAACAACCCAUAUGCAAAUUUUUCUGGUAACAACACCCCAUCAGGGUUGUACACGGGACUCAAUGCGACAACCAUGCGUGAUAACUUGUUCAGUAAGUAGAAAGUUGGACAAAAUUCUGAACCUUAUAGUUUUCAUUUGACCAAUUGUACCCACGCCAAGUUGGCUCUUGUGGCCUUGAGGUUUUUUUUCCAAUCAGGAUUUUCCCCACCUCUUAGAAUGGCUGCCGUUGUGGAAAGGUUAAAAGUGACCAAAUGAUGACCAAUGGGCUUCACAACAUUGUAUGAGGGCUCCCAUGUUUAGGAAGCUGAAAAUAAACUUGAUUUGUAAAAAUGUUGUCCAAUAAUAGCUAACCCAUUUUUGUACCUUUCAUGACUUAAUAGGUGCCGUCAUCUUUCUUGUGUCCUUUUUGUUUUCUUUAAAAAUUGAUGAACUUUUGCUGGUUUCUGUACACGUUGAACCUUGUGUACAUGAAACUGAACAUUAAUAUAAGCAUUUGUACAUUAAUGAAUGAAUGAAACUAUCUGUACAUUAAUGAAUGAAUGAAACUAUCUGUACAUUUAUGAAUGAUUGAAACUGUGUACACUAUAGGUAACUACACUAUUGACUACAGUACCAGUAAAGAGAUGGACUAUGCCACAGUGUUUGCUAUUCUGUUCAGCAGUGUCACUGGCAUUUUGAAUGGUGCCAAUAUGUCAGGUUAGUAUUUUCUCACUAUAUCCAUAUUUAAGUCAGUGACUCAAUCACCAAAUUUACCACUCUUGUAAUGACUGCUGAUAUUUUAUCAUCCAGAUCUUUGAGGAGAAAUAUUCCUCUUAUUUUGGAGAGCUCAAAUAAACCCAAAGCUGUAGAUUUUUAACUUUUUACGACUUGCAUAUCCUGGAUUUACCUACUGUCAAAUAUUUAUUUUUUAAUAUUUAUGUUUUUGAGAAUUUUGAACGCAAGAAAAAAUACAGCUGCCUGCCGAGGGCAUGAUAGGGCACAUCAAUAAUAAGAUACUGGCAAUAAUUUUCAAUGGUUCUAUUUAAAUUUAGCAAACAUUGUUAACACCUGGUCAGGUCUUUUGAUUAGGUUAUCCUUCUGGUUAAGUUGAAUGAUGUGCUUUGAUCCCCAAACUGACCAUUUAAAACAAUUUUUUGAACUACAGCCAGUGCUUGACUUUCAACCACGAUCGGUUCCGGCCGCCCCGUUGUCGUAAGUUGAGUACGAUAUGUGUACAGUGAUGUGAUGUUAUAAAAAUAUUUAAGUUAAAUUAUAUCAUAAAUUUCUUUUAUUAUUGUUAAAAAUCAUAAUUUUUGAUGGGAGAGGGAGAUCAAAUCUUCAAACCCUGAAGAGCUCUCCAAUCAACAAGCUUUAGCCAUGCUUUGGGAAGUCAAUGGACCUAGGGUUAUUGGUUGUGACCGUGUUAUUUCUUAGAAAUGGAUGACAUCAGCUAGCAGCAUAGCAUCAUCAUAGCACCAUGUCUCCCUUUCCUUAGUUAUCGACCGCCGAUGAUUGCAGUCAACGCUGUUCGGGUGAUAAUUGAGGCAGUAAUAAAUCUGAAAUCUAAUAACUAAUAUGGCUAGUGAUUGUGGUCGUAAAGUGGAAUUGUCGUAAGUUACACAGGUCGUAAGUCGAGCACUGGCUGUAGUAGUAAAAGUGUGUCUAAGAUUUUUAUAAUUUAAAUAAUCACUCAUUUUUUUUUCCUAAAUUCUAAAAGGUUUAAACAUUGAACCCAACCCCCUUACUGCCGCCAACCCUCUUACUGCUGCCAACCCCUUUACUGCCGCCAACCCCUACUCAUAUGCAAAAAAACCCCACCAAAAUGCUCAUCCUUUUUUUCCUUUCUUUUUGAUAGGCUACAUGUUGUGAGGGCUUACUAAUAUUUCAUUCACUGUAUUGGACCGAGCUAUUGCUCUUGAAUGGCCCCGGCAAGUAUGGAACAGGCCUGCCUCAUCUGCUGGGCAGUCCCGUAUAACAGGCUCUCGACGUGGUUGGCUGGGAGCACCCUGUCACGCCAGUCGCUAAUGUUGGGCACCCGGCUAGAAGGUGCUCUACUGUCUCCGGCGCCUGUCCACAAUGACGGCAGCUCGGGUCCCAUAGUGGGUUCAACCUUUUUAGAUAGCUCCUCGUGGGGCAGUGAUGAGGCUCUGCUGGUGGCGUUUAAAACUCCACGACUGAUCGCCCUUACAGUUACUUUUAGGCAUGCUCCGGUAAAGCUUUCGUGCAGUGGUACCCUGUUCCCAUUCUUUUCUCCAUUCCUCCUGGAAGAGGUCCUUAAUCCAGGCUUUGACCCCCAAUUGGGUCAUUGGCCUGUCAGGUUGGGGUUGGGAAGAACCUUGUUUCGCAAGCCAGUCAGCUCUGACUUGUGGGGGGGAUCCCCGCGUGUCCUGGAAUCCAUUGAAGGGUCACGUUCCCUCCGUGAAAUCGUAUGUCUCGCACGAGUUCCAUGAUUGCCUGUACCGUCUUAGUGUCCCAAGAGCACCUCUUCACAAUUUCGAGAGCACAUUGUGAGUCGGUGAACACUACGACGGAUGGAAAUGUUUUGCAUUUGGCUAGCCGAUGGCGCACUUGUUUCAGGCCUAUAAGAAUAGCUUCAACUUCUGCUUCAGCUGCAGAACUGUUGUUGCCGCUUGGGCCUGAAAUCUCCUCUGUUGGAGGUAUCCCCUUCGGAUACUGUAUGAGCGCGCUGUAGCCCGCCUGCUUUUCGCCAGCGAGAUAAGAGCCAUCUGUGAAGACUGAUACCAUAUCCUCACUAUAAGCCUUAAUCGUCUCUAGUGCGGCCCCCUUUUGCUCAUUUUGGGGGCUCGACUUGUUAACCGCCGUGUUUGACAGGGUCAGACGUACAUCAGGUGGUUCGCCGCUAUCCUGAGGUGAUCUCUCCUGGAUCAAGCGUAAUUUUUCCCUGUUUCCUGGUAAAGAGUGCUUUUUCUCCAAUGAGUUGACCGCAUCCAUAAAGGAGGGUCUCUUAAGCCUCGUCCUCUUUACCCAGCGGUCUUGGAGUUGGAAACAGGGUUCCGUUCGUUCCAUUCGACGGUAUCGCUCUACGAUCGUUAGGAUAACUUUGUCCUUCCUGAUGUGUAGUGGUUCUAUGUCUGAAAUGAUUUCCACGGCGGCCGUGGGUGUGGUACGUAACGCCCCGCAUAUGAAUCUGAGAGCUAGAUUCUGUAUGCGGUCCAGCCCCUCUAGAGCCGUACAGCUCGCAAAGGACUGAACCGGCAGGCUGUACAAAUGUUGGCAUUAAAUUAUAAGGUUAUAUCUGGAAAUCCAGUAUACAAGCAAGCACCACAUUUUUAAAAUGAAUACCUGUAAAUGGGAUUUCAAGAAUAUUUAAUUGAAACUAUGACCGGAGGAGUUCUUUCCCUUGCCAGGACUUAUUUCCCUUUUUUAAAAGUGUUUUUCAAGAAUAUAAAUCUGUAACACUAUUGAUAGAUAAUGACAUGUUGAUAGAAAGAGCAAAUUUCAUCUAUUUGGUUUAAAAAAAAUUAAAAAACAAGGCUUUUAACAAAAAUGAUUUUUUAAUUAAUUUUGGGGGGGGGGGGGGGGGGAGUGGUGGUUUGUAAUCAUGAUACAAGAACUUAAAUAUCCCUUUAAAAAACAGCUGUUGUUAAGAAUAUUCCUGCAGCGCUCAGCUUUUGUAUCUGCCAGCUUAACAUUUGUAUUCUUGUUUGUUUAACUCCAGGCGAGCUGAAAGACCCAUCCAAGUCUAUCCCAAGAGGCACAAUCUCAGCCGUGUGUUUUACUUUUUCUACAUACAUGAUUUUGUCAACAUUGAUUGCUGGCUCCUGCACAAGGUUAGUGUCAUGUUAUUUCAUGUUAUAUUAUGUCAUGAUAAACAUCUGGCCAUCUGGAAUGCAGCAGUAUUUUAUUUUGGAAGUACCUCAGUAGGCACCAGAGCUUGGUACACGCUGUUGUCUUUUCUGGUUAUUUCCAACUUCAAUUGAAAGAUGCCUAUUUGAUCAAUUGCAUUUUUUGUCUGACCACAAGUUGGUUGCUUCAGUGGUUGAGAUUUUCUUUUGUUUUUUUUUGUUUACAUCCUAGGAAUUAUAAAUUCAGCUUGAAAAUGCACUGUGCCCUUUGCUUGGGGAAUUGAAUUAGGAUGUGGCAUUUGAUUGGGGGAUUGAAUUGGGAUGUGGCAUUUGAUUUGGGGAUUGAAUUCAGUCAGAUGUGGCAUUUGAUUGGGGGAUUGAAUUCAGAUGUGGAAUUUGAUUGUUGGAUUGAAUUGGGAUAUGGGAUUUGAUUGGGUGGGGGGGGGUGAAAGUGAUGUGUAGCAUUGAUUGGGGCACUGAAGUGAUGCGUAGCAUUUGAUUAGGGACUGAAGUGAUGUGUAGCAUUUGAUUAGGGACAGAAGUGAUGUGUAGCAUUUGAUUAGGUGACUGAAGUGAUGUGUAGUAUUUGAUUGGGGCACUGAAGUGAUGUGUAGCAUUUGAUGAGGGGACUGAAGUGAUGUGUAGCAUUUGAUUAGGGGACUGAAGUGAUGUGUAGCAUUUGAUUAGGGGACUGAAGUGAUGUGUAGCAUUUGAUUGGGGCACUGAAGUGAUGUUUAGCAUUUGAUUGGGGCACUGAAGUGAUGUUUAGCAUUUGAUUGGGGCACUGAAGUGAUGUGUAGCAUUUGAUUAGGGGACUGAAGUGAUGUGUAGCAUUUGAUUAGGGGACUGAAGUGAUGUGUAGCAUUUGAUUGGGGCACUGAAGUGAUGUGUAGCAUUUGAUUAGAGGACUGAAGUGAUGUGUAGCAUUUGAUUGGGGCACUGAAGUGAUGUGUAGCAUUUGAUUGGGGCACUGAAGUGAUGUGUAGCAUUUGAUUAGAGGACUGAAGUGAUGUGUAGUAUUUGAUUAGGCGACUGAAGUGAUGUGUAGUAUUUGAUUAGAGGACUGAACAGAUGUGUAGUAUUUGAAUAGGGGACUGAAGUGAUGUGUAGUAUUUGAUUAGAGGAAUGAAGUGAUGUGUAGCAUUUGAUUAGGGGACUGAAGCGAUGUGUAGCAUUUGAUUAGAGGACUGAAGUGAGCUGUGCCAUUUAAUUCCAAAUUUUGAAACACAUGUCUUUAUUAUUCUGUCCCAGGUACCUCCUGAUCAACGACUAUGUCUUCCUCCAACAAGUCAAUAUAUGGAAGCCAUUCGUUGUUAUUGGCAUAUUUGCAUCAACUCUGUCGGCAUCACUCGGCAACCUUAUAGGAGGCUCAAGGAUUCUCCAGGCCCUGGGCAAUGAUCAGCUGUUUUGUGAGUUGACUUUUGGUUGAACAGAUUUAAAAGCACAGACAUAAAUAACAAUACUGAUUUUUUUUUAAUGAAAAUAAAUCUCAUUCUAAAAUGUUAAGAUUGUGAAAUGUUUCCGAAAGUGAGAUACAGUUGGUUCCGGGGCCAGCAAACAAUGUUGACAAAAUCAUGAAUGUAGAAAAAGUGCAAUCUGUACAAUGUCAUUGAAAAAAACAACAUUUCCAUUGAUUUCCAUCAAUAAAAGAAUCUUAUCUCAUCUUAUUUGCCCAUGUGAUUUAAGUUUUAAAAUAUUAUGAAUAUUUGAAUAACUACGCAGAUUACUGGGAUAAACACUUAUUUAUUUAUUUUUCUGAUAGCAAGUUGAGGAUUUUUGAUUGAAUCUUUCAAGGACAAAUUCUGUAGACUUAUAAGAUUAUUUAAAAACUGAACUGAAAAAAUAAAAUAUAACCUUAAAUCCUCUCUAAAUUCACUCUCUCUUGGUUAUUUUAAAAAAAUGUGGGGUUUUUUUCCUCUCAAGGGUUCCUGCUGAAGCCUGCAACAAUCACAACAAAAAGUGGGAACCCUUUAGUCAGUGUUUUCAUCACCUGGUUCCUUGUUCAGGUGAGUGGUUCUGUCAGUGUUUGCAUCACCUGGUUCCUUGUUUAGGUGAGUGGUUCUGUCAGUGUUUUCAUCACCUGGUUCCUUGUUCAGGUGAGUGGUUCUGUCAGUGUUUUCAUCACCUGGUUCCUUGUUCAGGUGAGUGGUUCUGUCAGUGUUUUCAUCACCUGGUUCCUUGUUCAGGUAAGUGGUUCUGUCAGUGUUUUCAUCACCUGUUUCCUUGUUCAGGUCAGUGGUUCUGUCAGUGUUUUCAUCACCUGGUUCCUUGUUCAGGUGAGUGAUUCUGUCAGUGUUUUCAUCACCUGGUUCCUUGUUAAGGUGAGUGGUUCUGUCAGUGUUUUCAUCACCUGGUUCCUUGUUCAGGUCAGUGGUUCUUCUGUUGUUGCUUUUUUAAAAGCAGUUUACAAUUUAAACAUGAGUAUUUAUUAUGAUGUGUUUCUCAGAUGUAGCAUUCCAGGGUCUCAUGUAAUGUAAUCUGGACAAAAGAACAUUCAGUUAAACCAAUAUUUCAGUAUUGGUCUUCAAUUAAUGAAUAUCAUAUCUAACGUUUGAGACUAAUACUGUUGAUAGCUUUCAGAAAAACAUUUAUGAUUGCUACUAUUUUAAAAUAUUUUGUUGCAGUCAUGCUGGAGGGGGGAAUAUUCUGUUACUUUGUAUUUAUCAAUAAACUAGAAAAAGUUUCUUGAGAUUAAAUUAGUGAUUUGUUGUCAAAACAUGAAGUCAAGCAACGCACUUUGUAAGAAUCCCAAUGAGUGCUAACUUUGAGGAAUUUUUAUUUGCACACCUAUUGAACACAGUAUAACAGACUGAGAAUAAUAUUUGUGAUUAAUCCUCAGAUUGUGCUGCUGAUUGGUAAACUGAAUGCGAUCGCUCCAGUGACUGCUGUGUUCUUUCUGCUGUCCUACGCUUCUGUCAACCUGGCAUGCCUGGCUCUUGAACUGGCAUCAGCUCCGAAUUUUAGGUCUGUGCUGCAACAUCAGCUGCCUUGCUUUCAAUUUAUAGAGCCUGCUUCUAUUUACCUUGAAGGAGAUUAGGAGAAACAUUGGUCUGGCUUAGCUUCUAAAUUAAUUUUGAACAUUGCUACACAUGAAUCAAGGGGCUGUAACCUGGGGCUACACAUGCAUCAGGAGUGUGUAACUUUGGGGUUAAAAGGGCUUAUCAUUUAAGUGGGUACAAGGAGUCUUCAUAAUAAUUAGUUCUGACGUAUCACUACACAUCUAAUGUGCCUAUUUUCCCUCAGGCCUACUUUUGUAUACUUCACCUGGCACACCUGUACGCUGGGCAUCCUGGGCAGCAUGACCAUGUGUUUUAUGAUCUCCGCCAUGUACACGAGUAUAUCCCUGGCCCUCAUGUUCCUGUUCGCCAUCCUGCUCCACUUCCGCUCGCUGCCAACGACCUGGGGCUCAAUCAGUCAGGCCCUUAUAUUCCAUCAGGUACUGCAUUUCACAAUUGUGCUCGACAAAUACUUGGCCAUCAGAAGUCUGCUGUGAACAUGAAAUCUUCAAAUUUCUCCUAAUUUUAUGUAUGAGACAACAAGUAAUAAGAAUUAUAAAUUUUAUAAAAAAUAUAUAUAUUGUUAAUUGUGAAAAUGUUUAUAUAUGACAAUGUUUUAGAAUAAUUACUUUAAAUUUAUUGCAUGGUUCUCAACUAAAAGCAACAAUAAAAUCUAAUUUAUCUGUGGAUAAUAAUUACAUCAGUCCAAUUAUUUAAUCUCUGACUUUUUUAAUUUUAAUUUACUUUUUAUUAUAAAAAGGUGCGCAAGUACUUGCUGAUGUUGGACCCCCGCAAGUCACACAUCAAGUUCUGGAGGCCCCAGAUCCUGCUCAUGGUCUCGAACCCUAGGCAGAGCUGUGAGCUCAUGGUCUUCUGCAAUGACAUUAAAAAAUCUGGUCUCUAUGUCAUCGGUCACGUCAAAGUCGGCAAGCUGGAAGAUUUCCCCACUGACCCCAUCUUAGAUGAGACUCCAAGAUGGCAGCAGCUCGUCAGUCACAUGAAAAUCAAAGCGUUCAUUGAGUUGACUCUGGCGCCCAGUGUAGGAGUGGGUUUCCAGCAGUUGGUGAGGAUAUCGGGGCUCGGUGGGAUGAAGGUCAACACGGUGUGCUUUGGCUUUUACGAUGACACAAUGCCGACAGAUUCGCUCCUGAAAACCAAGAUAAGGAAAAGAAGGUUUUUCUUGGGGACAGAGCUGAGCAACUUCCAGGACUUCGACAGCUUUUUUGAAACCCCGAGAUCAGGCAACGACAAGCAUCUCGACAUUACCCAGUAUGUGGGGCUCAUUCAGGACGCACUCAAGCUCCAGAAAAAUGUGUUCCUCUGCAGGAACUUCCAGCUGCUUAACAAAGAAAGCAUCCUCCAGCCCAACGACAAGUCCUACAUUGAUGUGUGGCCCGUCAACUUUUUCCGCCCAGACACCACCAGCUACUUUGACAACACGUGCCUGUUCAUGCUUCAGCUGGCCUGCAUCCUGACCAUGCAGAGCGGGUGGAAGAGCCACACGGAGCUGAGGGUGUUCCUCUGCGUGCAGUCCAUCUCAGAGAAUACGGCCGUCAAAGAGAAGAAGUUGUCCACCUUCUUGCAGCAGCUGAGAAUACAGGCUAAAAUUGUGGUAUGUUAUCAUCAAUAAGUAGAUGUGUGAGAGCAUUAUAUGAAAAAUUUACAAAUAAACUAAUUAAAUAGCAAGUUUAAAACACUUAAUGAUGGUCCAUUCAAAUUUAAGUGUUUAACCUUUUCUAAUAAAUAAUUUACAAAAGUUGCUCUCACCAAAAGAAUAUUUUUUUCUUCUGUUUAAAUAUGAUUAAAUAUAUUGGGUAGAUUAAAUAUAUUGGGUAGACUAAUAUAUUGGGUAGAUUAAUUAUAUUGGGUAGAUUAAUUAUAUUGGGUAGAUUAAUAUAUUGGGUAGAUUAAAUAUAUUGGGUAGACUAAUAUAUUGGGUACAUUAAUUAUAUUGGGUACAUUAAAUAUAUUGUGUAGAUUAAAUAUAUUGGGUAGACUGUACUACUAUGAACAAUAAAUAGCUGAAAUUGAUAAUCUCAUAUUAAACACUUUAUGUUAAAAAGUUAUGAACAAAAUGUUAUAAAAGUAGCCUUGUCUGGUACUGAUUCAGUAGGUGGUAUGUAAUUAUUCAUGUUUAAAAUAUCCACAGCUUAAGCAGAUAAUAGUGAUUAAUUAAUAGCAAGUACAAAUAAAAAUACACAUUUUAGGGUUUAUUUGAGAGAGUUAAUCUAUUUUACCAUUGGUCUUUGACAAGUGAUGAGUUCAUAAACAUUCUUUUGUUAAAACAUAUAUUUAAAAAUGUUGACAAUCUAUUUGCAAACCAUAACACAGAAUUCUUUUUUUUUAAUAUUGUUUUCCAGAUUGUAUCCUUUGAGCAACUCCUGCAACGAUUCAACAGUGAUGCAGACCAUGGUGUCCAUGAGAUCAGAACAGCAGCAUUUCACGAGUCUGAAUCUGAGACUUCCGAUGUCAAGAUGCACGAUUACAAUGAGGUUCCACAUGAUUACCUGCAGGCUGUCAAUGCUCUAUUGCAGGUACUAUUUAUAGAUAUAAAAUUAUGAAAUUUUUCGUACAUCAAAAUGACUAUUGGUACUUUCCAUAUUACACAGAAAACUGAAAAGAAUUGGGGAAAAUAAUAUUUUUAAUAUUUUGAGAAUUUACAUUUUUUAAAGAGAAAAUUGUGUUUUCAGAAUUAAUGUAAUGAAUCCUUAGAAAAUGUUCAGGUGUUUUAUAAUUUAAAAUAUGCAAUCUAUAUUGAAAGUACCAAAUUUGAAUUUGUAAAGUAAUUGUGUCACUAAAUACAAAGGGUUUAAGAACUCCAGCCAGUAACUUAAAUAAUUUUGUUGCUUGUUUCACUUUUGUUUAACAAAUUUUCAUUUAAAAACGAGGCAACAAAUGGUAGCAAUUCUUCAGAUUUUGCCAUAAAAAUUAUGGCAUGUUUAAAGUUGUACGGAUUUUUAAAAAAAUCAGCCAUAAACGCUAAUCUUUGUUUAUAAAAAAUUAAUUCCAGGAUCACCUUAACCAGUCGGCUGUGACAUUCCUUUACUUGCCGCGGCCCCCUACCUCAGCAGACCAGUACCCAGACUAUUUAGAGCAACUAACCGCCAUCUCGAACUGGUCCCACCCAACUGUAUUUGUGCACGGACUCCAACCUGUUACAUCGACAGCUUUAUAAAGAAGGGAGAUAGCUCUAUUUUAAGUCUCAAAAGCUGUCCAGGUUUAUCAUUUCUAACAUCCAUAAUAAGCCCGGAAUAUAUUUUUUACUUAACUCAUUCCCUCCGGCAGCGCUGCUUCCGGACUUAAUUUAUUUUCCUGAGAAAAGGGAAGCAACUCAGUUUUGAAAUUGAUUUAUAUUUUUAAAAUAUUUUUUAAAGUUGCUAAAUAUUAUUUAAUGUUAAUGAAUUAAGAACAAAUGCAACAAAAAAUGAAUAAGGUUUAAUAUAAAUAUAACAUUAGCGGGGGAAAAAUAACGAACAAUGGCCAAAAAAAUAGAUUUUCGGCACCUCGGACGAACACAUGGUACAUAUAGACGCGCCGUACUAAAGCACACGUAGUUUUAAAGUGAAACAAGAUAAAAACUUCCGGUUUCUAAAUUAAAAUCACGCAGAAAUCACGCCAACGAGAUUUCAUUGCUAUUUUUAACUAAAAAUAAGAGAGGUGUGUCGCUAUGCGCCGGGACGCAUUUGGACGCAUCAGGAGGAACCCCCCGAGGACGCAUUUAGUCGCAACCGUCGGGAAUGAGUUAACUCAAAAUGUAAUUUAUAAUUAAUAUUCUCAACUACAUGUAAGAUUUUAUUUGUAAACUUAUUUGAAACAGUUUUCUUAAGUUGUUAAUAUUCAUACAUUCCCUCAGAUAAAAGAAAUUUCUAUCAAUUUUAACUCAUACGCUGUUUAAUUUAUAUUAACAUUUUUAUGAACUGGUUUGACUUGAUACUGCAGAGAUUUUUCUGGUCACUGAAUUGCAAUAAAAUAAAGAUAGAUAUGCCAUUACAUUUUGACCUUUUUAAAAAAUGAUUUUUAUUUUUACUAAGUUACAAAUUAACUUUUAAUUUUCUUGUAUUUAAUGAUGAGCUUUCAAAUUUUAUUAACUGUGAAUGAAUUCGUUUCAUGAAGUAUGAAUGAAUUGGUUUUGAAAAUGUUGAAUAAAUUGAUUUUGAGAGAGUUGCCAAGAUAAGUUUGGUGUGUAUAUUUGAAAAUGGAUAGUUUGAUAUUACCGGUAUGAGAAUGUUUCUGGUUUGAAUGUCGACAAAAAUGUUGGCUUAUUUUGAAAGAGAAAUGUUUUAAAUUGUUCCAUGUAUAUUAUUUUUAAGUUUCAAAACAUACAGGUUUAAUGACAAAAUUUUAAGAAAUUGCAAUUAUCAUAUUUUAGCACACAUUUUAUGUCAAGACCUUAAUUUCAAAAAAGAAAUUGAAAAAUUUGUUAAUGGUAAAUGAAAAUGUUAGCAAAAUGUUCUUAGUUCUUGCUUUGACUUUGACUGCAUUUCCAAUUGGUGAAGUUCUCAUCAGGUCAUUUUUAUUUGAUAUUACCGGUAAUUGUAUAUUUAAAAAAUAAUAAUAUCAUGUUAGUGUUAGAUAAAAAUAUACCUACUACUAUAUAUCCAUCUUAAUCUUUUAGUCAAUUGUGGAUUGUUUUAAAAAUAACAUGUUAAAACUAAUCCUAUUUUUUUUUUUUAAAAUACAGAUUGUAUCUUACAUUAAUUCUAGAUUAGAGAGAUUUCAUGGUGGAUCAGAAAGGGUUUUAGUUUGGUAUUCAUCUUGAAUGUCUUUACCUCAAAAUAUUGAAGUUUUGUCUCAAGAUUUAGUGUGGAUACUGCAUCAAGGAGAAUUUAAGUUUUAAAAAUUUAAAGAAAUUUAAAAAAAAAAAAAAAAAAAUUAAAAAAAGAAAACUAAGUGAUUUAUUUUACAUUUUAUUUGAGAUGCUUGCUACAUAUCGCUUUGAUUAGGCUUAGAAUGCUACCAAUAUCUUUUAAUUGGGCUAGGUAUGAACAAGUUGUGAAAAUUACAAUCAUUCCCCUGGAUUUGGAUCAUUGAAAAGUUACCUGGGGACACAUUAAAGCACAAAUAGGGAAAUGCUCAUAACCUGGAACUAAUGUAGGAACAUUAAUGUCCAGACAAAUUGUCUUUCUUAUGUAGAUUACUUUUUUGACUUUGUACUCAUUUAAAUGUGGGAUUGAUUUAUUGUGGUGUGUUGGUACCAAUAACUGAUGUCACUCAAAAUGUUGUGCACUGUGCCCCAGAUUUCUAGUGAAUGUAAUUUCCGCUGCCUCUUGCGUGUCAAAUCAUGUAAUUUGCUUGUUACACUGUACAUUAUUUUACUAAAUGAUUAAAAAUCAAAACAGGUUUUUAUGAAUGUGCCAAUGAACUAUUUACAAAAAUAUAAUUUAAAAACCUAAAAAAAAAUUUUUUUUAAACUCUUUUUAAUAUUUUUUUAGUUCAAGUGAUUUAAAGCUUAUGCAUAGUAAAAUAUAUUCUCUUUUUUUACUAGGCCCUAUAAAUCUUCCACAGAUAUAAUAUUUUAAUCAAUUCUGAAAGGCCACGCAAAACAUUUUUUUAACAAAAUUUCUACUGAACACUCAUUUUUUGACAUUGUGAGUUCAGUUCUGCAGUCCACUCAAACUCAAAGCAUGAUUUACCAGACUGAGGAAUGCCGCUAAUGGUUGCUUGAUUUUUUAAAUUAAUUGUAGCCAUGUUAACAAAUGAGUGAUGUAGCCAACCUAUUUACUGCUUACAUUAUAUAUUAUUGGUUAACACAAAGUUCUUCUCUGCAGCACUACCUCACUGCAUUCGUUGCUGUACUGACUAUAAGAAAAUACCCAGAAGUGGGCAAUGUUUGUCCAUGUUGAGGACCCUUGGUUUUCAGCUUGCGUUUAUACAAAACUCCUUGACAUUACUCACUAGCUAUGGACAAAUCUACUCUUUGCAAAAAUAAAAUAAAAUAGAGAGAAUGAUGUAUAUUAAUGAAUUUAUAUUAUUUAGAUUGAUCAAGAUUAAUAUUAUAGACUUAUUUGCACUUAUUUCCUGUAUUAUUUUUUUUCCUAAAUAAAACUUAACAAAAAAAAUUGUACAAAGCCAAAAAUCCAAUUGUUUUACAUAUUAAAAACAUUCCAUUAAGCCUUAACCGCCUCAGCCUUCUAAAACUUGACACCUGUGAGUUGAAAUUUUAAUUUUACUUUAUAUUUUAUGCAAUUUCUAAAUUCUUGCUGGUAAUAAUAAAAACAUUUCACUGGUG